GGUCAAUUAUUAUUUAGGAGUAUUAUUAUGAGGAGAUAGAGAAGAGUUGAACAGGCCCUUGCACCCAAACACUUGUUAAAGGGUGCAAAUAUCCUACCAUUCAUUGUCAAGAUUUCUCUGAAUUAUCAGAGAAUAAAAGCAGGGCUUGUAGCUGCAGAUCCUCAAAAUGAUGAUGUUUGAAGAUAUGGGGUUUUGCGGAGAUUUGGAUUUCUUUGCAGGCCCGAUGAAGGAGGCUGCCGAGGAUGGGGUUUCCCAGCCUGCUGCUGGGGUGGCUGAGACCGACCCGGCAGUGGAGGACGAUGACUACAGUGAUGAGGAGAUUGAUGUGGAUGAACUGGAGAGGAGGAUGUGGAGGGACAAGAUGAGGUUGAAGAGACUCAAAGAGAUGAGUAAGGGAAAGGAAGGCGUGGACCCCGCCAAACAGCGGCAGUCUUUAGAGCAAGCGAGGAGGAAGAAGAUGUCACGCGCUCAAGAUGGGAUCUUGAAGUACAUGUUGAAGAUGAUGGAAGUGUGUAAAGCCCAAGGGUUCGUUUACGGGAUCAUCCCGGAGAAAGGGAAACCCGUUAGCGGUGCUUCUGACAACCUCCGGGAGUGGUGGAAGGAUAAAGUGAGGUUUGACCGGAACGGGCCCGCCGCGAUAGCCAAAUAUCAAGCCGAGAAUGCCUCCAUUCUCGGAGGGAAUGAAGGGGCCAAUCAAGUUGGACCCACUCCGCACACCCUCCAAGAGCUUCAAGACACCACCCUCGGCUCCCUCUUGUCCGCGUUGAUGCAGCAUUGUGACCCUCCACAGAGGCGGUUUCCUCUGGAGAAAGGCAUUCCGCCUCCGUGGUGGCCCACGGGGAAGGAGGAGUGGUGGCCACAGAUGGGCCUACAAAAGGACAUCGGCCCCCCGCCUUACAAGAAGCCUCACGACCUCAAAAAGGCCUGGAAGGUCGGCGUCUUGACAGCUGUCAUAAAACACAUGUCUCCCGACAUCGCAAAGAUUCGCAAACUCGUGAGGCAGUCCAAGUGCUUGCAAGACAAGAUGACAGCCAAGGAGAGUGCCACGUGGCUUGCCAUUGUCAACCAAGAGGAGGCUUUGGCGAGAGAGCUCUACCCCAACAGCUGUCCACCACUGUCGUCCGCUUGUGGGACCAGUGGGAUAUUCACUGUUCCCGACGUCAGCGAGUACGACGUGGAUGGCGUCGUCGACGACGACGCGGGGUGCUUUGAUGUUCUAGAAGAGAAACCCAAAAAUCUUAACAACCUAUUGUUGAGCAACAACAUGAACAAUGUUCUAAUUGCUGAGAGAUUCCAACAAGAGAGGAUGAUGGGGAGUGAUCCUCAUCAGAUGAUCAUCACAAACAACAACUUUGAUUUCACGAGGAAGCGGAAGCAGCAGCCAGACAACAAUGCCGGGGGUGAAGUGGAUGAUAACAAGAUUUACACUUGUGAGUUCAUUCAAUGCCCUCACAGCGAGAUGCGCCUCGGUUUUCAGGACAGACAAUCCAGAGACAACCACCAGUUGAGUUGCCCUCACAGAAACUCUGUCGUUCGGUAUGGAGUUUCUGAUUUCCACAUCAAUGAAGUCAAGUCCUCUUCCGUGCCGCCAUUCCCAUCUCCUCCUCCUCAUCAUCAUCCUUCGUUCGAUAUGUCUGGGUUUGGUGUCCCAGAAGAUGGGCAGAGGAUGAUCAAUGAUCUCAUGACGUUCUACGAGACAAAUUUACAACGAAACAAAAACUCGAAUACGAUUCAGUGUCAGCAACAGAACAGUCACCAUGGAAUGGCAGCAGUGGGGGGUGGUAACAUCUUCGACGAAUCCCAAAUUCGCUCCAACCGUUCCAUGUACUCUCCGAUCAAUGCAAACUCGAAUGCUUUCCCCUUCGCGUUUGGGCCUCCAUUCAACCUACAGAACAUUGAUUACACUGAGGCUUUAUCUUCUUCUUCAUCUGCUGCUGCUGCAGUACAAGAAUCCAUGUCCAAGAAAGAAGCCCCAAUCUGGUACUGAGAGACUGGUUUUACAUACACAGAAAUUGGCCUCUUUUGGUUUCCAUACACAGUUCUGCUAGUUAAUAGUGUUUCUUUUUUUUUUUGUUACCAUGAAACUCUUGUUAAAAGCUGAAGGGCUAUGGUGGUUUCUUGUUUAUUAAUCAAACCAGUUAUUUGGCAUGCUCUUUGUAGCUAUCAUCUUCAACCUCAUUUGCCAUAUAUAUGUUCAUCAAAGAAACUUGUGUAGUAGAU